AGUUGUUUAGAACAUGUGGAUGAUGAAGUGUGCAGCGCUGUGAGUGAGAUCAGAAAUAAUAGAAAUAAACUACAUUAACAACUCGGGAAUUACAUACGUAACAGCUGGGUUGGGGCGAUCAUGGCAGACCAGGCCCCCUCUGUGGCGAGGGAUGCGGUGUUGAAGGAGAGCAUCGCUCUGCCGGAGGACAUGCCUCAGAUUAAAGGUUAUGACUUCAACCAGGGUGUGGACCACAAAGCCCUGCUGCAGUCCUUCCUCACCACAGGCUUCCAGGCCAGCAGCUUUGGCCUGGCUGUGCAGGAGAUCAAUAAGAUGAUAGAGAAGAGACUGGAGCCGAUGCAGGAGGAGCACGAGGGCUGCGAUUCAGAUACGUCUGCUUCAGGAUGCACCAUUUUCUUGGGCUACACAUCCAACUUGAUCAGCUCCGGUGUGCGAGAGAGUAUUCGCUACCUCGCACAGCACAGAAUGGUAGAUGUGAUUGUGACCACAGCAGGAGGGAUUGAGGAAGACCUUAUCAAAUGUUUAGCACCCACUUACCUCGGGGAGUUCAGUCUUAAAGGCAAAGAGUUACGACAGCAAGGCAUUAAUAGAAUAGGUAAUCUCUUGGUACCAAAUGAUAAUUACUGUAAGUUUGAAGACUGGCUAAUGCCUAUUCUGGAUCAAAUGGUGCUGGAACAAAAAACAGAGGGCACACAGUGGACACCCUCCAAAAUGAUCCACAGACUAGGCAAAGAAAUCAACAACCCAGACUCUGUGUACUACUGGGCUUACAAGAACGACAUCCCAGUGUUUAGUCCCGCCCUCACUGACGGCUCAUUGGGUGAUAUGAUCUAUUUCCACUCGUAUAAAAACCCUGGCCUGGUGCUUGACAUAGUGGAGGAUAUUCGGCGGUUGAACAGCAAAGCGGUGUUUGCUAAGAGCACAGGGAUGAUCAUUCUCGGAGGAGGACUCGUCAAACAUCACAUCGCCAACGCUAACCUCAUGAGGAAUGGAGCUGACUUUGCAGUGUUUGUCAACACUGGUCAGGAGUUUGACGGCUCGGAUUCAGGCGCUCGGCCAGAUGAAGCCGUUUCUUGGGGGAAAAUCCGCAUGGACGCCUCACCUGUAAAGGUCUAUGCUGAUGCCUCUAUAGUCUUUCCGCUUUUAGUGGCUGAAACUUUUGCACACAACGCCAACAAGUUGAUCAAGGAAAAGAAGAGUGAUUGAUGGUGCUUUUCUCCUGUUAAAUCUAUUUAAAUGCUUAACCCCUCUUCACUGUCUUCCCAUGUGCUUGUUUUUCAAUGCAGACGGUUUGAAUGCUCUAUUUAAAUUUAUUAAAUUAUGUAUAAUUAUCCAUUUGAUCCUUAGUUUCUUAUGGUUACGGCUUAUGGUGUACCACUAUCUAGUACUAGCUGGUUGCUAGCUUUUAUGUUUAAUUUUGUACCUCUUUGAAAUGGUACAAUGUGUGUUUUAUUGUAUUGCAUCCCUCAGUGUUAAUGCACAGUAUAUUGUGCGCUGUUUGUGUAUUUUAUUUUAUCUGGAUGUUUAUGCUCUUUUAAUUUUCAGAUAAAAAAAUUAUGUAAAUCUCA